AUGAUCCUCACAACAUGCGCCGCCUGCGCCGCCCCACUGGCCCACAACGCGCCGCGUUGCGUUAGAUGUUGGACGCGCUACUGUGAUGCCACUUGCCAGCAUGACCACUGGCGCCGCGGCCACAAGCAGAUGUGCAAGAAAAUACACCGCGGCGGCAACGCGGAGCAAUACAACGCGAACAAAAAAUACAAGGAGGCAGUCGCGGUCGCGGUCGAGGCGUGCGCGGCGGACACGAAGGGCCAGACGUGCUACAUCUGCACGCAGGCUUUGCAUUGGAAGACUAAGGAGGGCCUCGUACGCGGUUGUGCGUGCCGCGGGACGGCGGGCUUUGCCCACGUGUCGUGCCUGGCGGAGCAGGCGAAGCUUUUGAUCGACCAAGGAGCGGGAGUGUAAACCCGGGGAGAAUCGCUUCAUAGCAGCCUUGAAUCUUUCAGUCUCACUGAUGCACAACUUCGAACACGCCGAAGCUUGCGUCUUGACGCGUAAAACGAUUUCGGCAGCGGUGCUGGAGCUAGGAGAAGACCACGAGACGACGCUAUUGCUAAGGCAUCAACUCUGUCAAGGGUUAAUCAGAGGCGGGGCCCAGACACGAGACGACAUAGCUGAUGCACUGGAGAGUAUUAUUGACGCCUUCAAGCGUUUUCAACGAGUCUUUGGU